AUGGCCUGGAGUAAUGAACGGAUUGUGCUGGCAUUCCGUGGCACUGCCUCGCUCUCCAAUGUCCUCUCAGACGUGCAGGUGAGGGCCUCCAGGGUUGUGCCAUGCUUGCAAAAAUCUCCGAGCACCAGUGCGGCAGAGUGGGUGGACCGGUACGGCUCGGAGCCGCGGAAGGGUGCGGACAUUUUAGUGCAGGCAUUGGAGCGGGAGGGCGUGGGGCGCGUGUUUGCGUACCCCGGUGGUGCCUCAAUGGAGAUCCACCAAGCGCUGACGCGAAGCCCCACCGUGCGCAACAUCCUGUGCCGGCAUGAGCAGGGCGAGAUAUUUGCGGCGGAGGGCUAUGGCAAGGUGACGGGAGAGGUGGGUGUGUGCAUUGCCACAUCAGGCCCCGGCGCGACUAAUCUGGUGACUGGACUGGCCGACGCCCUGCUGGACUCCGUGCCCAUGGUGGCCAUCACCGGGCAGGUGCCGCGGCGCAUGAUCGGCACGGACGCGUUCCAGGAGACGCCGAUCGUGGAGGUGACUCGUCAGAUCACCAAGCACAACUACCUGGUCAUGGACAUCCGCGACCUGCCACGCGUUGUGAAGGAGGCGUUCUAUCUGGCGCGCACUGGGCGGCCGGGGCCGGUGCUGAUAGAUGUACCCAAGGACGUGCAGCAGCAGCUGGCGGUGCCCGACUGGGACGUCCCCAUGGCUAUCUCUGGCUACAUGGCGCGCCUGCCGCAGCUGCCCUCCCCACUGCGGCCGGUGCUGUAUGUGGGCGGCGGCUGCCUAGACGCCAGCCAGGAGCUGCGCGAGUUUGUGGAGGCCACCGGCAUCCCUGUUGCGCAGACGCUCAUGGGCCUCGGCACCUUCCCUGAGACCCAUCCGCUCGCCCUGCAGAUGCUGGGAAUGCACGGAACGGUGGCGGCCAACUUUGCAGUGGACCGCGCCGAUCUGCUGCUGGCGAUCGGAGUGCGCUUUGACGACCGCGUGACCGGCAAGCUGGAGUCUUUCGCUGCCCGCGCGCGCAUUGUCCACGUGGACAUCGACCCCGCGGAGAUCAACAAGAACAAAGCUUCGCAUGUGACCGUCUGCGCCGACGCCAAGCCCUCUCUCAAGGAGCUGAACGAGCAGCUCAAGGCGCGGCCGGUGGCGGAGGAGCAGUUUGCAGAGUGGAGGCGCGAGGUAGGCGAGACCAACGCGGCGUUCCCUCUCGCCUACCCCAAGCGCACCGAUGUCAUCAUGCCCCAGUGGGCCAUCCAGGUGCUCCACGAGGAGACCAAGGGCGACGCAGUCAUCACCACCGGUGUGGGCCAGCACCAGAUGUGGGCGGCUCAAUACUACAAGUUCGACCGCCCACGCCAGUGGGCCACCUCGGGCGGCCUCGGCUCCAUGGGCUUUGGUCUUCCAUCGGCGCUCGGAGCCGCCAUCGCGUUUGACGGCACCGACGGCGGCCGCCCCAAAAAGGUGGUGGUGGACAUUGAUGGGGACGGCAGCUUCUUGAUGAAUUGCCAGGAGAUGGCGACGGCUGCCAUCGAGAAGCUGGAAAUCAAGAUGUUCAUCCUCAACAACCAGCACCUGGGCAUGGUCGUCCAGUGGGAGGACCGCUUCUACAAGGCAAACCGGGCGCACACCUACUUGGGCCUGCGCGAGUCGGAGUACCACGCGACCGGCGACCUGAAGGACAUCUACCCGGACUUUGUCAUGAUGGCAAACUCCUUCGGCGUGCCGGCCAAGCGCGUCAUCAACCCCGAGGACCUAAGGGGCGCGAUCCAAGAAGCCCUCGCGACCCCCGGACCCUACCUGCUAGAUGUCAUGGUCCCCCACAUCCAGCAUGUGCUGCCCAUGAUUCCCGGCGGGGGGUCCUUCAAGGAAGUGAUCACCACCGGAGACGGCCUCGAUGUGUACUGA